ACCAUUUAGACUACACUUUGAUUUCGACGGUUAUCGUGUUGGCAGACUUCCCUCAGAAAACCCUAGCUGCUUUGCCCUAUUCUGUUUCGUCGCUUUAUAUUACACAUCUCACCGAAUCUCAAUCCUCCUCCCGACCACACGCAAUCAACCAGAGCUACUGAUUGUGAUCACUUGAUUUCACAUAUAAUUGGGCAAAUCAAGUUGUCGAGAGGGACAGAAAGAGGAAGAGAGUCCUAGCGAUGGCCGGCGGCUCUGAUGUGGCGGAAGCAACUGCAGCCCUGUCGUGUGUUCAAUGCGGGAAGCCUGCGCACCUUCAGUGCCCAAAGUGCAUGGAAUUAAAGCUUCCCCGUGAAGGUGCUGCUUUCUGCACACAGGACUGCUUUAAGGCUUCUUGGAGCUCUCAUAAAUCAGUUCAUUUGAAGGCAAAACUGUCCUCGCUUGGGACUGGUUCUACAGGUGAACAAGAUUUAGCUGUACUUAAUGAAGGUUGGCUGUAUUGCUUGAGGAGAGGACAAAGUCGAACUCCAAAACUUCCUCAUUUUGAUUGGACAGGGAAACUAAGACCCUAUCCCAUAUCCCCCACACGAGUAGUUCCAGCUCACAUUGAUCGACCGGACUGGGCAGUUGAUGGAAUCCCAAAGAUUGAACCCAACAGUGAAUUGCAGCACAUUGUGGAGAUCAAAACACCAGAUCAAAUUCAAAGAAUGCGAGAAACUUGUCGAAUAGCAAGAGAGGUUUUGGAUGCAGCUGCUCGGAUCAUUCGUCCUGGUGUAACUACUGAUGAAAUUGAUCGAGUAGUUCAUGAGGCAACUAUUGCUGCUGGAGGAUAUCCGUCCCCUUUAAAUUAUCAUUUCUUUCCAAAGUCUUGCUGCACGUCAGUUAAUGAAGUAAUCUGCCAUGGAAUUCCUGAUGCCAGGAAAUUAGAGGAUGGUGAUAUUGUAAAUGUGGAUGUCACAGUGUACUACAAAGGUGUCCAUGGGGAUCUCAAUGAAACAUACUUCGUAGGAAAUGUUGAUGAAGCAUCUCGUCAGUUGGUCCAGUGUACUUAUGAAUGUUUGGAGAAAGCAAUAUCCAUGGUUAAACCUGGAAUCCGAUUUCGUGAAAUUGGAGAAGUUAUUAACCGUCAUGCUACAAUGUCAGGUUUAUCUGUGGUGAAGUCAUAUUGCGGUCAUGGUAUUGGGGAGCUCUUCCACUGUGCACCAAAUAUUCCCCAUUAUGGAAGGAAUAAAGCUGUUGGCGUGAUGAAGGCUGGACAGACCUUUACUAUUGAACCCAUGAUUAAUUCAGGGGUUUGGCGAGAUCGAAUGUGGCCUGAUGGAUGGACUGCUGUCACUGCAGAUGGCAAACGCAGUGCUCAAUUCGAGCACACUCUUUUGGUGACAGAAACAGGAGUUGAAGUUCUGACAGCACGGCUGUCAUCAUCGCCCAGUGUGUUCCCAUGGUUAAAUGCAUGAUUGGCCCUGUUAUGUAGUAAUUUCAUGAUAUUUGUUACAUAUAUAUCAUACUUUUCGCAAUUUCACGAGGACCUGCUGCAAUGGUUGACCCUUGGGUUGAGUGCCUGAGGAUAUCUCGUUUAUAACAA